AUGGAGCUCCUGCCUAUGUUUUGCCCACCUUUACUUCUGGUGCUUUUCCUGAAGUACUCGGCUGCUGCCCCCGCUCUGUUUGCCUUGUCACAGACAUCCAGCCGGAGAGACCUCUCUAUCGCUCAGGAAUACCUUGACAAAUAUUACCCACUGCAAGGAGGGCACCAGGUUGGAGAACUGACAAGCGGUGGCAAUUCCAUGGCAAGGAAGAUUCAGCAAAUGCAGGCGUUCUUUGGCUUACGGGUCACAGGGAAGCUGGAUUAUAGCACGAUGGAUGUGAUAAAGAGGCCUCGAUGUGGUGUCCCUGACAUGGCAAACUAUCGCCUUUUCCCGGGAGAACCGAAAUGGAAAAAAAAUACAUUGACAUACAGAGUCAAAAAAUAUACAUCCAGCAUAAGUCACGCAGAAGUUGACAAAGCCGUGGAGAUGGGGUUGAAAGCAUGGAGCACGGCUACCCCUUUGAACUUUGUAAAGGCAAGUUCAGGAGAAGCCGACAUCAUGAUAUCAUUUGAAAGCGGAGAUCAUGGGGAUUCCUACCCAUUCGAUGGGCCACGAGGGACUCUGGCACAUGCUUUCGCACCUGGGGAAGGACUAGGUGGAGACACUCAUUUUGACAACGCGGAGAAGUGGACGAUGGGGAUGAAUGGUUUUAAUUUAUUCACUGUUGCUGCUCAUGAAUUUGGCCAUGCACUGGGCCUUGCCCAUUCUACUGACCCAUCAGCUUUGAUGUAUCCAACAUACAAAUACCAACAUCCAUUUGGCUUCCGUCUUCCAAAAGAUGAUGUGAAAGGAAUCCAGGCAUUAUAUGGGUCACGGCAAGCUGGAUCCAGAGUGUCCCAAGUACCAUAUCGGCCUGUUCCCAAACCACCCACACCAACUAAUCCAGAUCCUUGUGACUCCAGAAUUUCAUUCGAUGCUGUUACAGUGCUGGGGAAAGAACUUCUUUUCUUCAAGGAUCGGCUUUUCUGGAGAAGGCAGGCUCAGCUAAAGACAAACGUCCAGCCACUCACCAUCACAAGCUCUUUUCCUCAGCUCAUGUCAAACGUAGAUGCUGCCUACGAAAUAUCUGAGAGAGGAGUUGCUUAUUUUUUCAAGGGCCCUCAUUAUUGGACUACCCGUGGAUUCCAAAUGCAGGGUCCUCCUCGGACCAUUGCAGACUUUGGGUUUCCUAGAAAUGUGCUACACAUAGAUGCGGCUGUCCAUCUGAGGGAUGAAAAGAAGACACUCUUCUUUGUAGGAGAUGAAUACUACAGCUAUGAUGAAGCAAAAAGAAAAAUGGAGAAGGACUUUCCAAAGAGCAUCGAGGACGAGUUCUCAGGAAUCAAUGGCGGAAUAGAUGCAGCAGUAGAGGUGAAUGGAUUCAUUUUCUUCUUUUCAGGACCCAAAGCCUAUAAAUAUGACAAGGAAAAGGAAGAUGUGGUUAAUAUUGUGAAAUCCAGCUCCUGGGUGGGCUGCUGA